AACCGGUCCGGAGACAUCACUUCCCCCUCGGUCAUGCACUGUGUUGUAUUGUAACAUGUCAGCUUUUAGAGUUUGACGGCACUGUCUGUCUGUAAUUACACGUUUGUUUUUGUAGCGUGUGGUGUAAACAGCCACAGUCAGUCCUUGAAGAAGUAGUAGCGACAUGUUUCCUUCUGUCUGACAGUAAGAAUGGAGAACUCAGACACCGGCUCAUCAUCGGGGCCCCUGGCAGUGCCGGACAGAGGCAUGGUGCGACCCUCGGGGCCCCCCGGUCAGCUGCCGGAGCCAGCCAGGCCCUCGAAGCACCGGGAGCACCUGUCCAAGUCACCAAGGAGACGUCGGAAGGGGACGAGGUCGCAGCGGCGGGGGGAUGGUCACGAACAGCUGCUCUGGGAGAUCGAGCGGCGGACGUUGCCAGGCCAACACGAGCACUUGGAGCCCUCCGGGUCGGCCAACGACACGGCGGAAAGCUCUCCUAAGAGGAGAGCACACUUUCUACAUGGACCGUAUCCAGCCACUCACUUCGGACCCAAAGCCUGUAUUCUUCCCAACCCAACUUCAGUCAUGCACAUCCAGGACCCAGCCAGCCAGCGGCUCACCUGGAAUAAACCACCUGUCAACGUGCUCGUCAUCAGGAAAAUCCGAGAUGAGAGCCUUGUCGAGCCUUUCAAAGAGCUCUGCAGGUUUCUCGUCGAGGAGAAGCAGAUGAUGGUGUACGUGGAGCGCAGAGUGGCAGAUGAUGCUACGCUCUCAAAGGACGAGGCGUUCGGCUCCAUCCGCAAUCAGCUCUGCACCUUCAGAGAGGGUUAUGACGAUAUCUCUGACUGCAUAGACCUGAUCAUCUGCCUGGGUGGAGACGGGACUCUGCUCUACGCCUCCUCUCUCUUCCAGGGCAGCGUGCCUCCGGUCAUGGCGUUUCACCUCGGCUCUCUGGGAUUCCUGACGCCCUUCAAAUUUGAGUCAUACAAGACUGAAGUGGCCAAAGUGUUUGAAGGCAAUGCAGCCAUCACUCUACGGAGUCGUCUAAAGGUGAAGGUGGUGAAGGACAUGCUGCAGAGAACCGGCCAGCAGCCGUACAGCCGAGAGUCGCAACAGCAGCAACAAGAACAGGAACACAACGGACUUCUCCCUCACGGACACACCAACAGCGAGGCUGGGAAGGUCACCCUGCAGCUACAGGUGUUGAAUGAGGUGGUGGUGGACCGAGGUCCGUCCUCCUACCUGUCCAACGUGGACUUAUAUCUUGAUGGACGGCUCAUCACCUCAGUGCAAGGAGACGGCGUGAUUGUGUCCACACCUACAGGCAGCACAGCGUAUGCAGCCGCAGCAGGAGCCUCCAUGAUCCACCCCAAUGUCCCCGCUAUCAUGGUCACCCCCAUCUGCCCACACUCGCUCUCCUUCAGGCCCAUCGUCGUCCCUGCUGGGGUGGAGCUCAUGAUCACCUUGUCCCCUGACGCCAGGAACACUGCCUGGGUGUCGUUUGAUGGCAGGAAGAGACAGGAGAUCCAGCACGGAGACUGCAUCAAGAUCACCACGUCUUGUUACCCGGUGCCCUCCAUCUGCUGCCAUGACCUGGUGUACGACUGGUUUGAAAGCCUGGCUCAGUGUUUGCACUGGAACGUACGCAAGAGGCAGGCGCGACUGGCUGACGUCUCCGACUCUUCAGACACUGAAAACUGAAUCAACGGCUACUUUCUCCCGGCCUACGUUAAAGUCCCAGGUCUCUGCAGCCGCUGAGGAGGAUCAGAGUUGUUCUGAAACCACACUGAAACAUGAGGCUGUGAAAGUGAGAGCAUGUGUGUGUGCAGCCAGAUUAGUGUUACAUUAGCCCUAUGAAUAGCAUGUUUAAUACUGUGAAUAUAGUAAUUUGUACGUGUGAGAAAGCAUCUCAUGACAUUCCAGUACAAAACAAUCUGUAAUUUUAUCUGUAGGUUACAGAAAUGCAUGUUUCCCACCUAGAAGUGGACAUACAGUAGUGUUCAAUAUAAUAGCAGUCCAAUGUGACUAACCAGAUUAAUCCAGGUUUUUAGUAUAUUUUUUAUUGCUACAUGGCAGCACCUACUGGUCCCUUGUUUGCCAUGUAGCAAUAAAAAAUAUGUAGCAAUAAAAAAUAUACUAAAAACCUGGAUUAAUCUGGUUAGUCACAUUAGACUGCUAUUAUAUUGAACACUACUGUAAAAUAAUUAGUUAUUUUAAUGAUUGUAAUAUGUUAAUAUCUUAUUAUUUUUUCACAUGGUGCGCUAAAUCAUCAAUGUGAAAUCAGUGUGUGAGCUCUCGGUGUUACUGGCAUAACCUUUGGAUGAUGUAGGCAAAAAAAGAAAACUGAUAGAUUAAGGAAAAAGGUCUAUAAAUGUAAAUUUGUACAUACAAGAUUCUAGAGAUAACUGUAUUUAAUGUCAUAUUUAUGUGAUAUUUAUAUAGAUGGGAGCUUGAAAAGAUUGAAUUUAUGUGACUGAGCCAGCCAAAGACUACUGCAUGGGAUUCCUCUUCAAAGGAUGCUUUCUUUGUUUUUCCAUUUGCUUUCUUCACUUUUCUGCCAAAUUUAAGUUCUUAAAGUCUGCAUGUCAGAAACAGAAUAGAACCAGCUGGAGAAACGUCCAUGUGUCAUGUUGUUUUCGUAAUAAUUAAACCGUCAAUGUGAAAGGAAGAAAUGCUAAAAUAAAGUAUAAACGCUCA